GAAACAAGAGCAAACAGCGAUGGCGGCGGAGAUCCACUCGAGGCCUCAGAGCUCCAGACCCGUCCUGCUCAACAAGAUCGAGGGCCACAGCGACGCUGUGAACACGGCCCUGCUCAUCCCGAAAGAGGAUGGAGUGAUCACGGUCAGCGAGGACAGGACAAUUCGAGUUUGGCUAAAGAGAGACAGUGGACAGUACUGGCCCAGCAUCUACCACACAGUGUCCUCUCCAUGCUCCUGUAUGUCAUAUCACCAUGAGAGCAGACGGAUCUUCAUUGGGCAAGACAAUGGGGCCAUUGUGGAGUUCCUCAUCUCAGAAGAUUUCAACAAAAUGAACCAUGUAAAAACAUACCAAGCUCAUCAGAACCGUGUGUCGGAUCUGGUCUUCUCCCUGGAGAAUCAGUGGUUGAUCAGUACAGCUCAUGAUAAAAGCAUCAGUUGGAUGAGCACUCAGAGUGGGUCAGUGCUGGGACGUCACAGCUUCAGCUCAUGGGCCUCCUGUUUGCAAUAUGAUAACGAUACCCAGCAUGCCUUUGUGGGAGAUUAUUCAGGCCAGAUCACUCUGCUGAAACUGGAUGGACAGACAUGCUCAGUUAUUUCCACACUAAAGGGACAUGAAGGUAGUAUUGCUGCAUUGUAUUGGGACCCGGUUCAGAGGUGGUUGUUUUCUGGAGCGUCUGAUCACAGUGUGAUUAUGUGGGACAUCGGCGGCAGACAGGGACGCACAUUACUACUGCAGGGACACCAUGAGAAGGUUCAGGCGUUGAGGUAUCUGCCACUGACCCAUCAGUUAGUGUCCUGCUCCGCUGAUGGAGGAAUAACAGUGUGGAACAUGGACACGACACGAGAGGAGGCUUCGCAAUGGUUGGAAAGCGAUUCGUGUCAGAAAUGCGAACAGCCAUUUUUCUGGAAUAUAAAGCAGAUGUGGGACUCUAAGACACUGGGGCUUCGACAGCAUCACUGCAGGAAGUGUGGUAAGGCGAUUUGUGGGAAGUGUAGUUCCAAACGCUCCACGUACCCCAUCAUGGGUUUCGAAUUCCAAGUUCGCAUGUGUGACGACUGCAUCGACACCAUCAAAGAGGAAGAUCGGACUCCUUUGGCAACGUUUCAUGAGGGGAAACACAACAUCGCUCACAUGGACAUGGACCCGAGCCGAGGACUGAUGGUCACGUGUGGGAGUGAUCGAGUUGUUAAGAUCUGGGAUAUGACGCAGGUGAUUGGCAGCAGCGUAGCGGCAGGAUUCUCUUCCCGCUGAUUGGCCGUUUCUGAAUGCUCCGCCCACACUCUGCCAACAAAUAUGUGUUGAGGAUCUGUCAUCACUAUGGAAACGCUCACCUGUCUUACUCUCUUGUACUUCAACUGUGGAGUCUACAUAAAACGGACAGUCCAACUUGGAGUGUGUACGUGAAUGUGUUUGAUGGUCCUUAUUUUUAUGAGCGUUGUAGCUAUGGAUCAGAGUAUUAUUUUCUCAUAUGACCUGGAUUUAACAAACAUGAACUUGAGGUACUUCUAAAGCACAAUAUUUGCACUCUAUGUGUGUGUUUGUUUGUGCCUUUUUCACUUACUGUAUUCCUUUUAUCCAUAAUUA